CAAGGAGCGCAAGGGGGGAGGUGGAGGAGGAAAGAGCCGAUACUGAACUGACCAUAGUAACCCGAGCCUCGGAGCCCACACCGCUAGGCUGUCCCAGCUUUGGCCCGUUCUCCCCGCUCCAGCCUUGGCUUCCAGUGCUCGCUGCCUUUUUAAGCCGCCCAGCUGCCAGCCUUCUGGGCCUUCUUCCUUUGACAUCUCCUAUUCGGCCACGUAACGCAGGAGGCCUCCUCUUCUUUUGCUUGUUGCGGGCCUGCCGAGCGGUGAAUGGCGGUAGUAACACCCGGGGUCACCAUGUCCAAACACGAACAAAUCCUUAUUCUUGACCCGCCCAACGACCUCAAAUUCAAAGGUCCAUUUACAGAUGUGGUAACAACAAACCUAAAACUACGGAACCCAUCAGACAAAAAAGUAUGUUUUAAAGUCAAAACUACAGCACCUCGGCGUUAUUGUGUGCGACCAAACAGUGGCACCAUAGACCCUGGAUCCACAGUCACAGUUUCAGGUCAGUGUACUUAUAUUUUGUUACUUUUAACUUAUGAAAUUGAUAUGUGCUCAUUCUCAUUCUUAAAGCUAAAGCCACUUUUACAUGGAUAUUUCAAAUGGGGCAUUUCUGUUUUAAAAUAGGCAGGUCGCUAUCUAAUGAAUUAUUAAUAUUAUGUAGAUAGGAAGUCUAUUUGUUUGUGUUUUUUGCAUUAUUUAACUUUUUAUUUUUCUUGCAUGUUGAUGAUACAGACAGGCCUCUUUUUAGGUAGUUUUUAAAACGAUACCGACGCGCUCCCAUAGAAAUCAUAGGAGCGUGUCCAUAUCUAGGAGCUGCUGCGCGCCAAAUAGUUUCAAAUAAAAGCCCCCCCCAAAGCUGCCCCCAGCACCGCGAACCUUCAUUAAAGUAAAACUAAAA